AUUCAAUCCCCCGGACCCUUCAAGAGAUAUUGUUUCUCCACAAUCCAAAAGUAACCAGCUUUUUUCUGAAAUGGCAAAGAGAGAGCAGAAGGCUAGUUUUAUGCUGCUUAUAAUAAUCAUUCUUCUGCUGUUUCAGUGCAAGGUGGCCACCGUAUUUAGCAGGAGUUGCAGCAGCCCUCCAUGCCAUAUCAAACUAACAGCCACAGCCACAGCCACAGCCACCGCGACAAGAAAGCUUUAUGCAAUGGGAGGCCACUAUUCCACGAGAUCACAAGAUGAAGGCGGCCGUGAUGAUUAUAAUGAUAACAACAACGGUUUCUAUAGAAGGCAAGGUGAUGUUCCAAGCCCAGGAGUUGGUCACUGAUCUCACACUCCUUUUGCUGUCUUAUACAUAUGUUGCCAGUACAUAUAUAUCUUCCCAUGUCUAUUUUUAUGCAGCUUCCUGAACAUAAAUAUUUUAUUUUAUU